UAUGAGAGGCGAACACACUCUGUGAGCUUUCUGUCUCUGAGUGGCCGGCUGACAGACGACAUGGACAACACCGACAACCUGUUCCACCCCAGUCUGGAAGCUGCUGUCAUGAAGCUGGAUCCAGAGGAUGGCGAGCAGAUCAUGGAGUACUUCAAAACCCACGCGCUGCUGAGCAGAGAGAAAGCUCUCCUGCAGGCGUCGGUCAGAGAACAGAAGAAGCUGCUGGUGGAAAAUGCUAAACUGAAGAAGGACAUUGAACAGCUGAAAACUCAGCUGCAGGAUAAACAGAGGAGACGUGCCGCCAAAACUCUGCUCUCUUCGGCUCCGCCUCCUCAGACCCUUAACUCCGCCCCCACCACACCUGCCAAUCAACUUCCUUCCUCUGCAGGAGCAACAGCUGCCCUUCUUGCAAAUCCUCUCCCUUCUUCCUCUUCCUCACAUGAGCGGAGAGACAAACAGAGCAGGAGGAGGAGAGGAGAGAGGAAAGGUGUCUCUACAGCUCCUUCCACCUCGGACCUUCUUUCUCUGGGGGCGGAGUCUCGGGUCGACGUAUCACGGCUGGACCUGAGGGUCGGGCGAAUCCUCAGCGUCCGCCACCACCCGCUGGCCGAAGCCAUGUUCGUGCAGGAGGUGGACGUGGGAGAAAACGGCCCCCGGACGGUGGUCAGCAAGCUGGGAGGGAAAACAGACCCUGAGGAGCUUCAGGGCUCUUUAGCUGUAUUGCUGUGCAACGUAAAGGCCUGUAAGCUGAAGGGCGUGGUUUCCCAGGCCCGCCUCCUCUGCUGCUGCACCUCUGAUGACUGCAUUGAACCAUUAUUCCCGCCCACAGGCUCCGCCCCAGGAGACAGAGUCACCUUUCUCAACUACCCUGGUGAGCCGGACAGGGAGCUGCAGUCCAAGCAGAAGGUUUGGGAGCUUCUCCAGCCGGACCUGCAGGUGGACGGCAGGGGCGUGGCCAACUACAAAGGCUGCAGCUUUGAGGUGAAGGGCAAGGGGCUGUGCCGGGCCCCCUCCCUCACCAACUGCAUCAUCAGAUAGAAACUUUAAUUGUGGAAAGCCUGCACACUGCUGUGGUACAUGCUUGUUCUGAAUAAACAUCUGUUUCCUUGGGUGUUUUGUUAUACAUGAAUUUAAAGAAACUCAUCAUUGUGUUGGGUUGGGGUACAUUAUUUGCUGACACUGGACACUGUUCAAACAAAGGACUUAAAGCAA